GGCCAAAGCAAGCUAGAGUGGAAACGAAUCUCUUUGGUCGCGGCAAGUAAAACCCGAACUUUCUGUUCAUCAAUGCUAUCGUACUAUGUAUUAUACAUAUAAUGGCCAUCUUUUAUCCUAUGGGUAUCCUCCCAUGAUCAACUGUAAUAAUGGGUACAUACAGAAAUUAUAUGAAAUUGUUAGAAUCUUGGCCACUGGAUAAAUCAAAAGCUGCGAGCGAUCUAGGUCAACAUAUUCGUGAUCAAUUAAAAAUUGCAUUUGCAAGAGGUGAAGCAACCACUCAUGUGGAUCGUGAAUUAUGCGAUCGUUAUUAUAUGAGCUUGAAGAGAAUUUGCUCUAAUCAUUAUGGUCAAAUGUAUGCUCGAAGUCAUUCAAGUACUGCUAGUGGGUUAACAAAAGACCAAUGUAAUCUGGCACUUAGACCAGAAAUGCUAGAAUAUUUUGAAGAGAGAAGUAAAGGAAUUUUUACACGUGCAUUUUCAAAGAUUGCAAACUACUAUAAUGCUAAGAAAGCUGCUCAGUGAUACAUACUUCAGCUUUGCCCAACGAAACAUACACUUCUUAUUUAAAAAACAGUAUGAGACAAUACAUUGGAAAGAUAUUAAAAAAUAUAGCCAGAAGGCAAAUAAAUGUGAUCAAAAUAUAGAAAAUGUACCACACAUACCGGUUAUGGUUGAAGAGGUAUUACAAUAUUUAGAACCAUCUUUGGGUAAAACAUACGUUGAUAUGACAUUUGGUUCUGGAGGGCACUCUACCAGAAUAUUGGAAUCGUCGCCCGAGGUAAAAAUAUUUGCAUUAGAUAGAGAUCCUGUUGCACACGAAUUUGCACAAGAGUUAUCUCAAAAAUAUCCUGGACAAGUAAUACCUUUGUUGGGGAGAUUCUCUGAAUUGCCACAGUUGCUUUGCGAAUAUAAAGUAAAGACAAAUAGCAUAGAUGGGUUUUUAUUUGAUUUUGGAUGUUCAUCCAUGCAAUUUGAUGUUGCUGAAAGAGGAUUUUCUUUGGCAAAAGAUGGACCUUUGGAUAUGAGAAUGGAUGGUUUUAGGUGUCCUACAGAACCUACAGUAGCUGAAGUUUUAGAAAAAAUAACAGAGAAAGAUUUAGUCCAGAUCUUGAGAACUUAUGGUGAAGAGAAGCAUGCCAAAAAAAUUGCAGCAGCUAUUAUUAACGCUCGAUUUGCCUUUAGAAGUUUAAAAACUACUCGUGAAUUAGCUCAACUUAUUGAGUCUGUUAUGUUUCAAGGAAGACACGACCAAUUAGGUAGAUUUGCUCAUUGCGCUACAAAAACGUUUCAGGCACUUCGAAUUUUUGUAAACAACGAAUUAAAUGAAAUUAACUAUGGUAUUAUUGUUGCUGGAUCGUAUUUGAAAGUUAAUGGUCGCUUGAUAACAAUUUCUUUUCAUUCUUUGGAGGACACAAUAGUUAAAAGGCAUAUUACUGGAAACAUACAGGAGAAUGUAGCUAAUAAAUUACCAUUACAAUUUGUAAAUUAUUGUAAAUCUUACGAUUCAUUAGAAAUGGAGUCUCUUAACAAAUCACCUUGGAAAAUGUUACAUAAACAUGUAAUAACACCUACUCCAGAAGAAGUAGAUAUAAAUCCAAGAUCACGUUCCGCAAAGUUUAGGGCAGCAACCAAAGUAGUGUAGAAUCAUUAUGAUUUUCAAAGUUAGAAAUGUAAAUAAAAUCUUUGAAUAUCUAAUGGUUUAUUGUAUGUAACAUAUAUCAUGUAUAACAAAAAUAAAAUAUUCCAAUUAAA